ACUAUAGGUAGAAGGAUGUGGCCUGAGGAACAGCAGAGGUCUUCUCUCAUGUGCUGAGAGGUGCCCGCUGCUGCCAUAGACGCCUGGGUCCUCGAGACGCCUCCCGAAGGGCCUGUCCACCGCACACCUGCAAUGAGCCAGACCGUGGGCCGGGCCUCAGCUUUACCCUGGUGAACAAAACUCCGUCCCUGGCCUCAAGCGCUCCACCCAGCUCAAAGAUGAGUGAAGAUCGCUGGGUCUCCCUCACUCCGGAAGAAUUUGACCAACUCCAGAAAUAUUCAGAAUAUUCUUCCAAGAAGAUAAAGGAUGUCUUGGCUGAAUUUAAUGAGGGUGGGAGCCUCAAACAAUAUGACCCACGGGAGCCAAUUAGCUAUGAUGUCUUCAAGUUGUUCAUGAGAGCAUAUCUGGAGGUGGACCUUCCUCAACCACUGAGCACACAUCUCUUCCUGGCCUUCAGCCAGAAGCCCAGACCGGAGACUGCUGACCAGCCAAAGGAGGAAGCCAGCAACAGCGAGGCCAGUGGCCCAGAUUCCAACAUUCAGAAUGCAGAUAAUGCUGCCAAAGCAGAUGAGGCCUGUGCCCCUGAUAUGGAAUCAAAACUCACCGAGAAGCAAGUGCCAGCUAAAGACCAAGUGGCUGCAACCCCUCUAGGAAACCCUGUUGCUCAAUCUUCAGGCUCAGAAUCCCCCAUAGUGUACCUGAAGGAUGUCGUGUGUUACCUGUCCCUGCUGGAGAUGGGGAGACCUCAGGAUAAGCUAGAGUUCAUGUUUCGUCUCUAUGAUUCGGAUGAGAACGGUCUCCUGGACCAAGCGGAGAUGGAUCGUAUCGUUAACCAAAUGCUACACAUUGCCCAGUAUCUCGAGUGGGAUCCCACGGAGCUAAGGCCUAUAUUGAAGGAGAUGUUGCAAGGGAUGGACUACGACCGGGACGGCUUUGUGUCUCUACAGGAAUGGGUCCACGGAGGGAUGACCACCAUCCCAUUGCUGGUCCUCCUGGGCAUGGACGACUCUGGCUCCAAGGGGGACGGGAGGCACGCCUGGACCAUGAAACACUUCAAGAAACCCACCUACUGCAACUUCUGCCACAUCAUGCUGAUGGGCGUUCGGAAGCAAGGCCUGUGCUGCAUUUACUGUAAAUAUACUGUUCACGAACGCUGUGUAUCCAAAAACAUUCCUGGAUGUGUCAAAACAUACUCAAAAACCAAAAGGGGCGGCGAGGUGAUGCAGCACGCGUGGGUGGAAGGGAACUCCUCCGUCAAGUGUGACCGGUGCCACAAAAGUAUCAAGUGCUACCAGAGUGUCACUGCGCGGCACUGCGUGUGGUGCCGGAUGACGUUUCACCGCAAAUGUGAAUUAUCAACGUUGUGUGAUGGCGGGGAACUCAGAGACCAUAUUUUGCUGCCCACCUCGAUAUGCCCCAUCACCCGGGACAGGCAAGGUGGGAAGUCUGAUGGCAGCGUGUCGGCCAAGGGUGAACUUGUGAUGCAGUAUAAGAUCAUCCCCACCCCGGGUACUCACCCCCUGCUGGUCUUGGUGAACCCCAAGAGUGGAGGGAGACAAGGAGAAAGAAUUCUUCGGAAAUUCCACUAUCUGCUCAACCCCAAACAAGUUUUCAACCUGGAAAAUGGGGGGCCUACUCCAGGACUGAACUUUUUCCGUGAUACUCCAGACUUCCGUGUUUUGGCCUGUGGAGGUGAUGGGACAGUUGGCUGGAUUUUGGAUUGCAUUGAUAAGGCCAACUGCGCAAAGCAUCCACCAGUGGCUGUCCUGCCUCUCGGAACAGGAAAUGACCUGGCCCGCUGUCUCCGCUGGGGAGGAGGUUACGAAGGGGGCAGCCUGACAAAAAUCCUGAAGGACAUCGAGCAGAGUGCCUUGGUGAUGCUGGACCGCUGGCACCUGGAAGUCAUCCCCAGAGAGGAGGUGGAGAAUGGGGACCAGGUCCCAUACAACAUCAUGAACAAUUAUUUCUCCAUUGGUGUGGAUGCUUCCAUUGCACACAGAUUCCACAUGAUGAGAGAGAAACAUCCUGAAAAAUUCAACAGCAGGAUGAAGAACAAGCUGUGGUACUUUGAAUUUGGCACCUCGGAGACCUUUGCAGCCACCUGCAAGAAACUCCAUGACCACAUAGAGUUGGAGUGUGACGGGGUUGGGGUGGACCUGAGCAACAUCUUCCUUGAAGGUAUUGCCAUUCUCAACAUUCCCAGCAUGUAUGGUGGCACCAAUCUCUGGGGAGAAACCAAGAAGAACCGCACUGUGAUUCGGGAAAGCAGGAAGGUCGUCACUGACCCCAAGGAACUGAAAUUCUGCAUCCAAGACCUCAGUGACCAGCUCCUUGAAGUGGUGGGGCUCGAGGGAGCCAUGGAGAUGGGGCAGAUCUACACUGGCCUGAAGAGUGCAGGCAAGAGGCUGGCCCAGUGCUCUUCUGUCACUAUCAGGACGAACAAGCUGCUGCCGAUGCAAGUGGAUGGAGAGCCCUGGAUGCAGCCACCUUGCACGAUUAAAAUUACUCACAAGAACCAAGCGCCCAUGAUGAUGGGGCCUCCCCAGAAGAGCAGCUUCUUUUCACUGAGGAGGAAGAGCCGUUCAAAAGACUAGACAAUGUGCCAAACGCCAGUUAAACCAAGAGAUAAAACAAGAAACUGUAAUACAUACACACACAGACACACACACACACACACACACACACACAUACACACACUCUUCUCUAACCAGUGGAAGCAAAGCCACCCUUUAGGAAGAAACCUUCACCCUGACAUACGUUCUAUUUCAACAAUGGACACAUCCCAACAGAGCCAGUGCCAACAGAACAUUUUGAAUGGACUUAGGGCCCACCAUGGUGAGGUUGGCUCCUGCAGCAACCUCCACAUUCCCAGAAGGCCCUGAGUGGGACUUUCUGAGACUGAAAGAGCAAUCCCCCUUUCUUCCCACCAGCCCUGCAAGUUUCCUCAUGAACCCUCGCAAGAAGCAAGCUGCAGGUUUCCUGCCUAUGGUGAGAUCGGAUGUGGCCAAGGAAAAGAACUCCUGUUCCAGAGAACUUGCACAAAGGUCCCUCUGUACAGAGACAAAACAGCCUCCGACUCUCAGAGCAACACCCUUGGCAGGGCCCAGCAAGCGCACGUUGGUUUCUUGGUUGUCCUUUGAGCGACAGUUUCUCUCUGAACUUGCCGAGGAGGCAGAAGGGCUGUGGAAGGCUGUGUUUCCAUUCUUGGUUCUCCGCUCUGUCAGUGGGCACUUGUUAUUUUCCCGAAGCCUUCUCCUGGUGGCUGUGUGUUUGUUUAGAGACGGCUCCAAGAGCCCCCAGAGCUGCCUGCACAGCACACCUUAGAUGUGGUAUUUAUUUUCUUAGCUCUGUGAACACCUGGGAGGGAAAGCAGAAAAACUGGGAUUUAUUUUUCAAAUUGGUGUCAUAAUAUUGUGUAAAAAGGGAAGGAAAAAAAAAACACCCCCAGCUUCUUUCUUUUUCAAGCCAAAGCGUGUUUCCUGUUUGAGUUCCAAGCCCUGGUGGCAGACUAUUCCUGAAGGCAGAGAAGAUGGGAGGGAAGGGCUUUUUGCUAAGGAGACCAGGAGACAAACCAUCAGAUGGUUCCCUCCUGCUCUUUGCACCCACCACUCUUAGAGUAUGACCUGAAGGCCCUUCUGAUGGUCUUAAAGUGUGUGUACAUAUAUAUAGCAUAUAUAUUUAUAUAUAUAUAAAUAUUUAUUUACUGAUGGACUUUUCCUGAUUGAAAAAAGAAUUAUGUAGUAUAGGAACAGAAAUUGAGAAAGAAAAAGAAGGUUCUUACUCUCAAUUUCACCAUUUCGUUGUCAAGACAAAUUUCCCCAUGGUGAUCAUGAGAUGAAUUUAAGGGAAAUGAAAGUAGCUUCUUAUCAUAAAGAGACUGAGAAUUCCUAUUCUGGAGUCUCAAAAAAAAAAAAACCAUGAAAGAUAUGCUGGGCAGGAUUUAUACUCCCAUUCGUCAGAUAUAGAAACAGAGUCUCAGAAAAGCUAAGAGACUUGUCCAUGGUAUCUUGGCUAAUGUGGUUUGGGAAUAAGUGCCACUAAGAAGAUAUUUAAUAGAGACAAGAACCCAUACAUCUUGGAAUAGGGUCAUUUCUGGUCACUGAGAAAUGAUUCUAUUUGGAUCCAGGUGCCAGGGAAGAAUGAAUGUGCAGCACGUGUGUGGAUGGGACAAGCCCACGCGAGAAAAUGAGGGCCUCAUGAUGCUUCCCAGAGAUUCUGUCUGGCCUGAAAUGGUGAGAAGUUGGCCUGGGGUUGAAGGCACUAGACAGAUCAUCAAAUUAAACUCUCCACAUGUCAAUUCAUCAUGGCCAUCAUAGCCUCUUAGUCUGGAAACCACCCUGGCUGCAAGGAUGACUCAAUGGAGAGUCACAAGGAGGACUGAGGUACUUUCUACAAGGUGCUGCCAGCCAGUAUCCAGAGGGGUCUCAGCAGAGCUCAGUGGGCUUUAUUCAGCUGGUGCCAGCGUUACCUUCUUUUCCCGAGGGCAAGACUGUGUAGAGCUCCAUUAGUAGAAAGAAACAUUUGCCUCAGCACCUUUGCUCCCUCAGGCCUCCAUCCUCUCUGAGAUUUCUCAAGAGGAAACCUGAGCCCACUCAACAUCGCUCCACUGAGCUCCCUCUAAUCUCCUUGCACUGGGUCAUCAGGAGCUUUGCAUAAGGAAGGAAAAAUUAAGAUUGUGUGUACAAAUUGAUCCUAACCCUGAAGGAAGCAGUCAUCUAGGACAUUUAGGACAGAGAUCUAGGACCAUCCUGCUCAACCUAACAGUGCAGAACACUGGGCAAGGAGAAAACCAGGCCACUGGAAGAAUGUCCUGAAUGAUGGGAUCCUUGGCAAUGGGACCAACAAGCUUCAGAAUGACAACAGGUACUAUCAUGGAAGUCACUUGAUUCUGAAAUGAACUCAGGUUCAGGUUUGGGGUCACUGAUCCUGAGACAUUUUACAGAAGUUUUUGCCUGUGUUUCAGCCCUGAUCCCCAAAAUUGAAGCUGUUGAGACAUGGCACUAUCAACAGGUGAAACUGGUUCUCAGAGAUUCACAAGUCAGAGACUGGCCCCUGCCUGCUCUGCUCCAGUGCACAGGACUUGCAAUGUUGCUUGAGAGACAUGUGCCAACUCUUCAUUAGAGCCACAGAGCAUAACAAACUUGGGUGGAACUGCACUCGCAAUUUGGUAACCUCAGUGACUCCAGUGUUGUUGUUUAAUAUGACCUUGCAACUCAUCCUUUAACUGCUGUGUCUGUGGUUUCUUCCUAUAGAGUACCUCAUCAUAGUGGUCCUCUCAGCAACCUCUAGGUUGGCAGAGAAGGUAUUACUAUCCCGAUCUUAAUAAUGAG